GUUCCAAUUAAUUUUCAAUAGUCAGCUGACAAUAAAAAACAACUUUAAUAACUUUAAAUAGCAUUCGGCUAAACGCAAAUUAUUGCAGCGUUGUCAAGGAAACAAGAAAAACAACAUUGAACCAACACAAAAAUUAAAGUCGAAACCUCAAUUUUCCUUCCGGUGCAGUAAUCGCCAAAAAGGAUUCAUUUUAUUCUGGCCAAAUCUGUGGACUUCUCUCCGGAUGCCGCACACCGCAAGCGGCACCACGCCUUCGACCAACAGAUUAAAAUCUUACUCUUACAAGUGAACAUACAUAUACUUUCGCACAACACGGCCUUAAAAUACGCCUUAUAGCAUUUUCGAAACAUAAAAAUAUUUCAUUGCUCUAUUGGAUGCUUUGGUCAUGUAGAAGUAAAAGAUGUUGUUAUUAAAUGACGAAUCGGGCGUAUGAAAUAUUAACAAGCAGGAUGUAAUCUUCAAAGAGAAACUACCAAAUAAUUUGAACAAACAGUUGCCUUCAUUUAUGUAAACUAAGAUCUAGUCAAGAGUAUUUUAGCACAAAACCACAAAAUAGAGCUCAAAAACACAGCACCUAAAAUAAUUUAUAUACACACAACAACUUUAUACACACUAUACAUAUAGUACGAAACGAAAUUAGUAAUAAAGAGUAGAAAAUAAUUAACCAGAAACUAAGAGCAAACAUUGAAAACGAACACGAGUGCGUGUUGUUAACAGAUAUUAUGACCACACGACUUGCAACACAACGAAACUUUAUACUCUCAACAACUGCGAAUGUGGCGCCAAAUGUUGUCGAUGCCACUGCAGCCACAUCCGGCGUCAACGCGACCGUAGACGAUGUCAAUGUUGCAACCGUGAACGUAUUGUCAACACGUGAUAUCAAACAUGAGGAGAUUUCCACCGAAAUCGCAAAUGCUUGCUCAUCCUCAUCGAAUGUCGAGCACUUUGAAUACAUCGAUGCGACGGUGGACGUUGUGGCCACAGCCAAUAUGGAGGAUGUCAUCACACAACAAAACAAACUGGUGGGCAAUGAACAGAAUGAAGCCGUGGCUCUUAUCAGCGUUGUGGUGCCGAUGGAUGCCUCCGAUUCCACUGGCAGUGAGACACAUGUCAAUAUGUCCGAUUUAAGUGCAAUUAAAGAUAACACUGACUUGUCACAACAUGUGGCCAACGGGCAAGUAACCCUAGUGCAGGCGCAGACAGCGGACGGUGAUGAAGGCACACCACAAUACAUUACCGUUACAGUUUCUGCGCAGGAUGCUGGCCAGAACUAUCAAGUGCAAUAUGUAGAUACAGAGUUGUAUCAUGGCAAUUCCAGCCAAGCCCAAAUGACGUAUCCCUUUUGCCCGGUUGGCGAUUAUCAAACGAAUGGUCAAACUUACUACUCCACGGCGGCAGGCAGCAAUUACGCAACCGCAUCAGUUGCGAAUGCGCCCGGCACACACGCUUCCUCGUUGCCGUACCUGGUGCCGGUGGAGGAGGGAUUAUUGCUGAACACUUCGUCGCAAUCGCAUAGUCGAGACUCGCCGCAGAGUUUAACGGAAGUGGCUUACAUUCAAGAGGCGCAGAGUACACCGCAAACGCCCACAUCUACAACAACAACGAACUCUGUAAGUGGCGGUAGCAUCGGCACUGGCGGCGGAGGCGCAUCGCCAGACAGCGAACAAAAUGGCCUCGGCACCUCCAACAAAGUAGCUUCAGCCACGAUCAAGUGGUUGUCACGCAACUACGAGACGGCCGAUGGCGUCAGUCUACCCCGUUCCACGCUGUACAACCACUACAUACAGCACUGCAAUGAGAACAAAUUGGAGCCGGUGAAUGCCGCCAGUUUCGGCAAACUAAUUCGUUCGGUGUUCUCUGGCUUGCGUACACGUCGCUUGGGCACACGCGGCAAUUCCAAAUAUCACUACUAUGGCAUACGCAUCAAACCGGACUCGCUACUAAAUCACAUGAUGGACGAAAAGCCGACAUAUUCAACACAUUCCGGCAAUGGUGUGUCGACCGGCAUUGGGCAUUCCACGGCCAGCGGCGGUGCAGUGUCAACUAGUGGAGUUGGCGGCGGCAGCGGCAGUGGCAAUAUGCCGAAUAAUGGCAAUCGCAAUUUGAAGAAGUUGAGCUUCAAGCCAGAAUCCUACGAAACUUGUGCACAGUAUUUGGGCGAUGGCGCUGGCGCGAUUCCGUCAUUUCCCGCCAUCGAAUUGGAUCACACCUACAAUAGUGAGCUCUCGCAUGAGGAUGUGGAGACUUUUCGCGCCAUGUACCGCGAGCACUGCGAGUCUUUUUUGGAUGCUGUGCUGAAUCUGGAGUUCAGUACCAUUGAAUAUUUGUGGCGUGACUUUUGGCGUGCCAACGACAACAACAAUUUAGAAGAAUGCGAAGAGGAGAAAUAUCUGAGCAAGACGAAACUAUAUCUGCUAUGCCAUUGCGCAGAAGUACAAAAUUUUAUCAAAGAGGUUGACUAUCAAUUUUACCAAAAUAUGGUCGAUGUUAUCAUUCCCGAUGUUCUACGCUCCAUACCGAAUGCUCUUACACAAGCCAUUCGUAAUUUCGCUAAAAAUCUGGAACUUUGGUUGUGCGAAUCCAUGGUCGGCGUGCCCGAUCGCUUGGUACAAAUCAAAUCGGCAGCGGUGUCGGCAUUUUGUCAAACUCUGCGACGCUACACGUCGCUCAAUCAUUUGGCGCAAGCAGCGCGUGCCGUACUCCAGAAUAGUUCGCAAAUAACACAAAUGCUGAACGACUUAAAUCGUGUGGACUUCCAUAAUGUUCAAGAACAAGCAGCUUGGGUAUGCCAGUGUGAGCCGGCAGUAGUGCAACGUUUGGAGAAUGAUUUCAAGUCGGCAUUGCAGCAACAAAGCUCUUUGGAACAAUGGGCCUCUUGGCUGCAGCUGGUCGUUGAUUCUGCCUUACAGGAAUAUCGUGGCAAACCCAGCUACGCCAAGGCCGCACGCCAAUUCCUACUCAAGUGGAGCUUUUACAGCUCCAUGGUUAUACGUGACCUGACACUACGAUCCGCUUCCAGUUUCGGUAGUUUUCAUUUGAUACGUUUACUCUACGAUGAGUAUAUGUUUUAUCUGGUCGAACACAAAAUAGCUGAGGCUCAACAAAAGACCGCCAUUGCGGUUAUCUGCGAUCGCAUGCACAAGGAUAUUGACUUUGAGUUUGACUACCAGUUGGAGUUUAUCAGCGAGAGCCAUGAACAGCAGCAGCAACAACAACAUAACUCAGUGAACAUCAACACUACUUCCUCUGUCGGCAAUCCGGCGAAGCGUCUAAAACACGAAUGAGUAAGUGCCGUGGUAGAACUGCAGAGCGUACACCGAACGACACCCAGCAGUAUUCAAUGUAACGAUGUUGGCGUGCUGCAGGCAAAGUUUGCCGAGUAUCUUUGCUUGUUGGCAUCCUUAUAGUGGUAGUAGUAGUAGUUGUAGUCCAUAAAAGGUAGCCAUAGCCAUAGCUGCAAGAAACGCCAUUGAAGCACCAAAUAUAUAUAUAUAUGUAAGAAUGUAAUAAUAUAUAUGCAUGUGCGUGUGCGAGAACUCGCAUUAUAUGUUUUAGCAAAGGAAUAGAUUUCCAAGCAUUUAAACAUUUAAAUAAUACAGAAAUUUAAGAAACUAAAAUUUCAAAGAUUUAAUUUUUAGGUUUUUAACGCAUAUUUUUUUUUUUUUUUUGUUUGAAUAGAAGGCAAGUAAUUUGUAAUUGCCACCAAAUAGUGUUAAGCCGUCCAUAUAAAAAAAAAAGCCGAACACCCCAGUUUUGCACCUCUAGCGUGUGUGCUUGUGGGUGUUUAUUGAUUGUAAAGUUGUUUUUCAUGAAUUGGUACAAUACAAUACGUAAAAAUAUACUAUGAAAAUAAUUAUCAUGUUUAGGUGUCAUAUACAUAAUAUAUGUAUGCUUGUAUGUAUAGUUGUUGCUUUUUAUGCCUAUACAUAUAUAUAUUAUAUAUAUAUAUAUAUAUGUUUGUAUGUAUGUAUAAAAUAUCAUCUAAUGUCAGUUUUGUAAGGUUUCACAAAGUAUGUACGCCAUUGUUUCACGGAGAAAAAUGAAAAUUUCACCACUCGGAAUCUCUCCCACUCCAAAAAUAAUAUUCCUAGAAAGCAGAAGCGAACUGACAUCUUAAAUUAAUUACACGCUUUUGCUUGUAAGCGCUUAUUUACGUUGUGGAAUAAAGGACACAACGUAGAAUGAAUGCAAUGAGAUAACUGAAAUAACUGUUAAUUUUUUUUUUGUUUUUGUAUACAAACUGUAAUUAAUCAAAAAUUGUAAUCACUUUUUUUUUUAGGUUUUUAAUUUCUUCUAACUUUUCCGUCAACCAUUUGCACACUUUAAAAAUUUGCAGGUACAGCUAAGUAAUACAAAAUAUAUUCUAAAAUCCCAAUAAGAAGGAAUAUAUUCAAUUUCGCUCCCACUUUCGAAGAUUUUGGAUCAAAUUGCGUAAAAAAUUAUAAAUACAGUAAGGCUUUAUUAUUUUGUAUAUAUUUUAACUUUAAAUUUUAAGUUUUAUUUUACAAUUAGUAUCCAUAUUUGAGUAUCCCAGUAUGUACCCCGAACGUCAAUAUAGUUCGUAGAACUUUCUAAAUAAAUUUUUGAAAACUAAAUCUUUGCAAGAAGUUCAGCUAGUUCAGCUAGCCAUCAAAUUUAGUUUAUUUGCAAAUUGUAGGAUAUAUAGAAAAAUCAGAACAUUUUUAAUUUUUUUUUCAUUUUGAAAUUUUGUUAUUAAGUCAAGCUUCUUAUUUUCGAGAUAUUUCUCCAACCAAAUUAAAAAAAAUUAUAUUAUAUAUAGAAGAUAUGCGUAUAAAAAUGCAUAUCCAAUUGACCAUUAAUUCGGAGCCCAUGCAUGAAAAGCUGCUCUGAAAUUUUUUAUUUUUUUUUUUUAUUAUUAUUUAAAAUAUGAAUUUUGCCCCGAACAUUGAGUAUUAAGUUCGUCACGAAGUUUGUAACACCCAUAGUGAAACGUCGGACAC